AUGGCGUGUAUAAGGUACGUGGCUCCCAAGGGCGACAACAAGGUCCGCCAUUUUGCUGGUCAGCUGAAGAACGGAAGUGACGUUGUGCUGUCUGCUAGACCCACAUGUGGAAGCGUGGACAGCUCUACUAUCCACAUCACCACACCCACGAAAACACCCGCGUGUGGGGGUGUGGACAGCCACAACCUCCACAUCACCACGCCCAAGAAAACAGCGUCAACCGGCAGACCUUGGGACAUCUUCAUCACCAGCAGAACUGAUCAAGCCACCGCCCACCUGUCCACCAAAGAUUGGGUCAGCGACCAGCAGCCAGCACCGGAUGCUCACCCAGAGUUGUCUCAGCUUGCCGCCCAUUCCACUUCCGGUCUAAACAAAACCGGAAACACCACACAUCACAACAGGCUAUCCGAUGACGUCAUCGAUCUGGACGAAGCGAAAGACGUGGUCCAGAGCAUCACACAACGAACUGGGUCAAGGUCAUCGCGCUGCAGCAACAAGCAGCUGUCACAGGGGCCGUACUGGCGCGAUAACAAACCACUUCCGGGCGGGCAUAAACUACUUCCGGGUCGUGGUGCCAUCAAGAGAAGCAUCAGCGACAUGGCGCUGGAAGGUCGAGACCAGUUGUCGUUCUUUGGUUACACCGGCGGCGUCAGGUCCUACGGCGUCAGGUCCUACGGCGUCGGUGACCUUGACGACGACGACGACGACGACGAGUGGUGCAUCGACCUUGACCAGAUUCUGGAGCAGGUGAGGUCAAAGAGCCACGCCCACAGAAAUGUCAUCCUGACCCAGAUGGGAGGCUCGCAGCACGAGCUCAACACGGCGUCUCCUCAAAACGAGGUCAAACAUGGCGGCCCGCUGACGUCACGGAGCGACUCGGGCGUGCCGCUCGUCUCCGACCGGCUGAGAACCAGGCGGUUUGCACUGGCUGACCCCGAGAGGAUGAUCAUGAGACAGGAGGACCGGGAGAGGAUCGAGCAGGAGGUGGGGAGGAGGAGGCAGUCCAUCGUCAGGAGGGUCUCGCAGUUCUUCAACGUCCAGCUCGGCCUCAACCGUGAGGAGGACCUCAUCUGACGUCAUCUGAUGUCAUCUGGUGUCAUAUGAUGUCAUUUGGUGUCAUCAAGACCUGGUGUCAUCUCGACCUGAUGUUAUCUAGACAUCAUGCCUUU